CGCACAUCUGACAGAAUGAAUGAAACAGAGGACGUGCAGAGUGGUGAAUCUGAAGUGAUUGUGAAAACGGUGAAAGAAGCAAGUGUUGAGGGCUUAGUCGUGACUGGUGGAGGGAAAGAGGGGAUCUUCAUUAAAGAAGUGAAACUAGAUUCACCUGCUUCCAAAGAACUGAGAGUGAAAGAGGGUGAUCAAAUACUAAGUGCUACAGUAUACUUUGAUAAUGUUUCAUAUGAAGAUGCUCUUCAAAUUCUUGAGCGUGCUCAACCAUAUAAAAUGGAAAUUCUCCUAAGACGCAAAGUGGAACCAACCAUACCAGAAAACGCUGAACUUUUGCAUCCAGAGGAAAAAGACCAUGGGCCACCAGUGAUGAGAAGCCAGAGGAAAAUGAAAAAACAGCAGGAACGCAUCUCAUGGCCGAAGUUCCCAUCCUUUGGCAAGGGACCUAAAGUGCAGUUCAACAGAUCUCACAGCACAUCAGAAGCAGAGGAACACAGGAAGUUAGAGCUGAGCCCAUCAACAAGUGACAAUGAAUCUCCAACAAAAUCUCCACUGAAAUGUCCAGAUGGAAAGGACAAAAAAAAAAAGCACAAGGUUGAACUUAAAAUGAAGAUGAAGGGCCACAGGAGCAAGUCUGUUGAGGAGGGUAUAUUAGAAGAAAAGGUUGCUGAGGGACAUGAGGAAAAAUUUCAAGAUAUCCUACAGGGUCUGGAUGGAGCUGAAUAUGAGAUUUCUACCGAGACUGAGAAUGAUGAUCCAUUUCAAAUGGAACGGCAUGAAGCUCAUUUAAUUAGUUUGGGCAACACAUUAAAGACUACAGAUAUUUCAGUUGCUCUUGCAAAUGGAGGAAAAAGAGAGAGUUCAGAAAUGAAAGUCAAAGUUCAUGAGGAGGAUGCACCUGAUAUUGGAGCAGAAAACCAAGCAGAAUCUUUCAAAGGUUUGCACACAAUUUCAGCUCCACCAGCCCAUGACAGUGAUGUAUUACCACAGACAGUGGUAGAAAAAUUUGACGAUGUUCUCAGCAUAAAGGGAACAGGAAAAGAUAGUUCAGAGAAAAAUUUUUUGGAAUUUGGGCAUGCAGAACUUGGGAUGCCAAAUGUAGAUAUUUGUGUAGAAGCAUCAAAAAAAUCUCCAAGGAUUGGUGAUGAAAAGCAAAGGAGAUCAGGGUUUCAAAAUGAGAGUUAUGGGAUUCGAACCAGAGGUCCGAUGGCAGACAUUGCCACAGCAAAGUCCCACUUUGUUCGUACAGAAAACGGGCUUCAGUUCAUUUCACCAGAUUUUUCUGAGCUAAUGCAAGUGGGGAAAACUAAAGACAAAUUAACUGACAAAGAAGAAAUCGAAACUUCCACGUCACCAACAGAAAGAUUAAUUCUAGCAGAUCUAGAUAGAACAUCAACAUUAAAAUUUAAAUUGCCAAACAUAGAAACCUCUGGAUUUGUACCAGAUAAAGAAAUAAAAAUUUCAGAAGUGGAAAAAAUUAGGACCCAUCUACCUAAACGAGACGAUAUUGAAAUUCCAGGAAUGGAAAAUAAAAAAAUUAAACCCAGUCUUCAGACACCAGAAAUUAAGCUAAUAAAAACCGAGAAAAGUAUGAAUAUUACAAAGGAGAGAGAAAUCCAAUAUCAUCAAAUAGAUGAAGAGUUUAAUGUUGAGGAUGUUAAAGUGGCUGUCUCCAAAUUCCCUUGUUUUAAACUGCCUGAGGGAGACAUAACAGGAGUUCUUGUGCAAAGAGAAAUUACAAUUAUGGAACAGAAGUCAGAGAAGUCGACUCCUAGGGGAUCUCCACGUAAAAUAUCUACCACGAGUACAGACAGUUGCACUAGUAUCCUUAAAAGUAAAGUGGGUGAAGAAAAGUCACCAUCUACUGAUACUGUAGAUAAGGACACAGCAUUCAAGAUGCCAAAAGUUGAACUACCAUCUAUUGAUGAGCAAACAUCAAUACCUGUGAUGAAAAUAGACUACACACAGCUACAGAUAACGGAUUAUGAGAGAUUUGGAGGUAUAAAUUUCAAACUUCCAAAGCGGGAAGAUAUUGAAAUACCAGGGAUGGAAGCCAUAAAGGAAUCAAAACUACAAGACACAGCAAUUAAAACAGUCAGUGGUGCAGACCUUGACAAAGCUGAAAGACCAAGAACUAAAAAACACAGUGACAAGAAAGGUCAUGACAAGAAAUCAAAGAAACCAAGCCAACAUGAAAAUCAGUCUCUAAUUAUUAGUACUGAAUUACAGAAGAGAGAUCCCUCUAAAAUAUAUACUGAAGAAACAAGAAUCCAUGAAAAACAAACAUUCAAAAUACCCAAAAUAGGGGACGUUGAGAAUAUAGAUGCUCCAGUACAGGUCAUUAAUAUUUUACAAGAUACUAUGGGAAAAAAGGACUUGCCACAAAAAACAGAAACUGGCAAAACAAAAUAUAAAAUUCCCUCAAUUACCCUGCCAGAAUCUGGCACUAAAGUUCCAAGGGGAGUAGAAGAUAUCUCAGCUGAGGAUGUACAAGUAGAAGAAGCUGAAAUAAUUUUACCAAUGGAUAAAUUAAAAACAUCAGAUGAGCCUUUAUUAUCUAACUUAGAAGGCAUUGAUGUAAAUAAAGAUGGGCAGCCUGUCAAUGUGUAUGGCAGAGCUCAUGAUACUGAAGCUGGGCAAGGGACAAAGUUCAAACUGCCAAAAUUUGAAAUAAGCUUUCCAGAAGUAAAACCACCAAGAAUUAUUUGUACAUCAAAGAAAGAUGAUGACAGUUCAUUAUCAGAAAAAGAAAGUGCUGAAAUUCCAGUAGUACAUUCCUCUAAAGCUGAACUACCAGAUGUCAAACUUGAUGUGGACACAGACCAAACAGAAAUAAAUUCUGAAAUAACUAAAGUGAAAAUUAAAAGACCAGGCUUUUCAUUUCCCAGGUUUGGAAUAGCUACAUCAGAACAUACAGCCCAAGAAGCUGAUGUUAAUCUCACAAAUGUUGAUAUGUCUUUACCAGAGGGAAGUAUAGAAACUCAGAGUCCAGACACAAAAAUUGCAAUAUCAGUGAAAGAGGGUAAACAGAAGGAUGCAACAAAGUUCAAAAUUCCUUCAAUCAAAUUUCCACAUUUUGGAGCCAAAGUUACAAAGGCAGUGGUGGAGACCUCUUAUGUGGAGCCUGAUGUUAAAGGAGCUCAAAUAAGUUUGCCACAUACAGAGAUAAAAUUGUCAGCUGAGCCACUCUCAGUGGAUGUAAAAGGGCCUGAUGCAGACAAACAAACCAAAUCUGUCAGUGUGGAAAUAAAAGAUCAGGAUAUUCAAAUGAAGGAGCAAGGGACUAAAUUCAAAUUGCCAAAAUUUGGAAUCAGUCUUCCUGAAAUAAAAGGUCCAAAAAUAGAUGUAAGUUCAGACAAGGCAGAGAUUGACAUUUCUGUACCCAAGGAGAAAGUAGAAGUUCAUCUACCUGAUGUUGAAGUUCAGGGUGUAACAGCUGAAGUAAAAGCUGACCUGCCAGAAUUCAAAUUGCCUUCAAUCAACUUCCCAAAGUUUGGCAUUAAAGGUCCAAAAGCAUCAGUGGAGAUCCCCGAUGUGGAUGUAGAGGUUAAAGGACCUGAAAUAGGUCUACCUGAGGCAGAGAUAAAAUUGUCAGGUGAGCCACUCUCAGUGGAUGUAAAAGGGCCUGAUGCAGACAAAGAAACCAAAUCUGUCAGUAUGGAAAUAAAAGAUCAGGAUUUUCAAGUGAAGGAGCAGGGGACAAAAUUCAAAUUGCCAAAAUUUGGAAUCAGUCUUCCUGAAAUAAAAGGUCCAAAAAUAGAUGUAAGUUCAGACAAGGCAGAGAUUGACAUUUCUGUACCCAAGGGGAAAGUAGAAGUUCAUCCACCUGAUGUUAAAGGUGAGGGUGUAACAGCUGAAGCAAAAGCUGACCUGCCAGAAGUGGAUUCCAAAGAUUUUGAAUUAAAAAUGAAGACACCAGGCUUUUCGUUUCCUAAAAUUGGAUUUGAUAAAUCAGAAGUUAAGCCACCUGAAUUUGGUGUGUCUUUGCCUGAAGGAAAUUUAGAGAUAGGAAAGCCAACCACCGAUGUAACGGUAUCAAUAGAAGAUGCAGAACUAAAAGGACGGUCAAAGUUUGGUUCUCCAACUAAGUUCAAAUUGCCUUCAAUCAACUUCCCAAAGUUUGGCGUUAAAGGUCCAAAAGCAUCAGUAGAUAUCCCUGAUGUGGAUGCAGAGGUUAAAGGACCGGAAAUAAGUCUACCUGAGGCAGAGAUAAAAUUGUCAGCUGAUCCACUCUCAGUGGAUGUAAAAGGGCCUGAUGCAGACAAACAAACCAAAUCUGUCAGUGUGGAAAUAAAAGAUCAGGAUAUUCAAAUAAAGGAGCACGGGACUAAAUUCAAAUUGCCAAAAUUUGGAAUCAGUCUUCCUGAAAUAAAAGGUCCAAAAAUAGAUGUAGGUUCAGACAAGGCAGAGAUUGACAUUUCUGUACCAAAGGGAAAAGUAGAAGUUCAUCUACCUGAUGUUGAAGUUCAGGGUGUAACAGCUGAAGUAAAAGCUGACCUGCCAGAAGUGGAUUCCAAAGAUUUUGAAGUAAAAAUGAAAACACCAGGCUUUUCGUUUCCUAAAAUUGGAUUUGAUAAAUCAGAAGUUAAGGCACCUGAAGUUGAUGUGUCUUUGCCUGAAGGAAAUUUGGAGAUAGAAAAGCCAACCACCGAUGUAACAGUAUCAAUAGAAGAUGCAGAAAUAAAAGGACGGUCACAGUUUGGUUCUCCAACUAAGUUUAAAUUGCCUUCAAUCAACUUCCCAAAGUUUGGCAUUAAAGGUCCAAAAGCAUCAGUGGAGAUCCCCGAUGUGGAUGUAGAGGUUAAAGGACCGGAAAUAAGUUUACCAGAGGCAGAGAUAAAAUUGUCAGCUGAGCCACUCUCAGUGGAUGUAAAAGGGCCUGAUGCAGACAAACAAACCAAAUCUGUCAGUAUGGAAAUAAAAGAUCAGGAUAUUCAAAUGAAGGAGCAAGGGACUAAAUUCAAAUUGCCAAAAUUUGGAAUCAGUCUUCCUGAAAUAAAAGGUCCAAAAAUAGAUGUAAGUUCAGACAAGGCAGAGAUUGACAUUUCUGUUCCCAAGGAGAAAGUAGAAGUUCAUCUACCUGAUGUUGAAGUUCAGGGUGUAACAGCUGAAGUAAAAGCUGACCUGCCAGAAGUGGAUUCCAAAGAUUUUGAAGUAAAAAUGAAAACACCCGGCUUUUCGUUUCCUAAAAUUGGAUUUGAUAAAUCAGAAGUUAAGGCACCUGAAGUUGAUGUGUCUUUGCCUGAAGGAAAUUUGGAGAUAGAAAAGCCAACUACCGAUGUAACGGUAUCAAUAGAAGAUGCAGAAAUAAAAGGACGGUCAAAGUUUGGUUCUCCAACUAAGUUUAAAUUGCCUUCAAUCAACUUCCCAAAGUUUGGCAUUAAAGGUCCAAAAGCAUCAGUGGAGAUCCCCGAUGUGGAUGUAGAGGUUAAAGGACCGGAAAUAAGUUUACCAGAGGCAGAGAUAAAAUUCUCAGCUGAUCCACUCUCAGUGGAUGUAAAAGGGCCUGAUGCAGACAAACAAACCAAAUCUGUCAGUGUGGAAAUAAAAGAUCAGGAUAUUCAAAUGAAGGAGCAAGGGACUAAAUUCAAAUUGCCAAAAUUUGGAAUCAGUCUUCCUGAAAUAAAAGGUCCAAAAAUAGAUGUAAGUUCAGACAAGGCAGAGAUUGACAUUUCUGUACCCAAGGAGAAAGUAGAAGUUCAUCUACCUGAUGUUGAAGUUCAGGGUGUAACAGCUGAAGUAAAAGCUGACCUGCCAGAAGUGGAUUCCAAAGAUUUUGAAGUAAAAAUGAAAACACCUGGCUUUUCGUUUCCUAAAAUUGGAUUUGAUAAAUCAGAAGUUAAGGCACCUGAAGUUGAUGUGUCUUUGCCUGAAGGAAAUUUGGAGAUAGAAAAGCCAACUACCGAUGUAACGGUAUCAAUAGAAGAUGCAGAAAUAAAAGGACGGUCAAAGUUUGGUUCUCCAACUAAGUUUAAAUUGCCUUCAAUCAACUUCCCAAAGUUUGGCAUUAAAGGUCCAAAAGCAUCAGUGGAGAUCCCUGAUGUGGAUGUAGAGGUUAAAGGACCUGAAAUAGGUCUACCUGAGGCAGAGAUAAAAUUGUCAGGUGAGCCACUCUCAGUGGAUGUAAAUUGGCCUGAUGCAGACAAACAAACCAAAUCUGUCAGUGUGGAAAUAAAAGAUCAGGAUAUUCAAAUGAAGGAGCAAGGGACUAAAUUCAAAUUGCCAAAAUUUGGAAUCAGUCUUCCUGAAAUAAAAGGUCCAAAAAUAGAUGUAAGUUCAGACAAGGCAGAGAUUGACAUUUCUGUACCCAAGGAGAAAGUAGAAGUUCAUCUACCUGAUGUUGAAGUUCAGGGUAUAACAGCUGAAGUAAAAGCUGACCUGCCAGAAGUGGAUUCCAAAGAUUUUGAAGUAAAAAUGAAAACACCCGGCUUUUCGUUUCCUAAAAUUGGAUUUGAUAAAUCAGAAGUUAAGGCACCUGAAGUUGAUGUGUCUUUGCCUGAAGGAAAUUUGGAGAUAGAAAAGCCAACUACCGAUGUAACGGUAUCAAUAGAAGAUGCAGAAAUAAAAGGACGGUCAAAGUUUGGUUCUCCAACUAAGUUCAAAUUGCCUUCAAUCAACUUCCCAAAGUUUGGCGUUAAAGGUCCAAAAGCAUCAGUGGAGAUCCCUGAUGUGGAUGUAGAAGUUAAAGGACCGGAAAUAAGUUUACCAGAGGCAGAGAUAAAAUUGUCAGCUGAUCCACUCUCAGUGGAUGUAAAAGGGCCUGAUGCAGACAAACAAACCAAAUCUGUCAGUGUGGAAAUAAAAGAUCAGGAUAUUCAAAUGAAGGAGCAAGGGACUAAAUUCAAAUUGCCAAAAUUUGGAAUCAGUCUUCCUGAAAUAAAAGGUCCAAAAAUAGAUGUAAGUUCAGACAAGGCAAAGAUUGACAUUUCUGUACCCAAGGAGAAAGUAGAAGUUCAUCUACCUGAUGUUGAAGUUCAGGGUGUAACAGCUGAAGUAAAAGCUGACCUGCCAGAAGUGGAUUCCAAAGAUUUUGAAGUAAAAAUGAAAACACCUGGCUUUUCGUUUCCUAAAAUUGGAUUUGAUAAAUCAGAAGUUAAGGCACCUGAAGUUGAUGUUUCUUUGCCUGAAGGAAAUUUGGAGAUAGAAAAGCCAACUACCGAUGUAACGGUAUCAAUAGAAGAUGCAGAAAUAAAAGGACGGUCAAAGUUUGGUUCUCCAACUAAGUUUAAAUUGCCUUCAAUCAACUUCCCAAAGUUUGGCAUUAAAGGUCCAAAAGCAUCAGUGGAGAUUCCUGAUGUGGAUGUAGAGGUUAAAGGACCUGAAAUAGGUCUACCUGAGGCAGAGAUAAAAUUGUCAGGUGAGCCACUCUUAGUGGAUGUAAAGGGGCCUGAUGCAGACAAACAAACCAAAUCUAUCAGUGUGGAAAUAAAAGAUCAGGAUAUUCAAAUGAAGGAGCAAGGGACUAAAUUCAAAUUGCCAAAAUUUGGAAUCAGUCUUCCUGAAAUAAAAGGUCCAAAAAUAGAUGUAAGUUCAGACAAGGCAGAGAUUGACAUUUCUGUACCCAAGGAGAAAGUAGAAGUUCAUCUACCUGAUGUUGAAGUUCAGGGUGUAACAGCUGAAGUAAAAGCUGACCUGCCAGAAGUGGAUUCCAAAGAUUUUGAAGUAAAAAUGAAAACACCCGGCUUUUCGUUUCCUAAAAUUAGAUUUGAUAAAUCAGAAGUUAAGGCACCUGAAGUUGAUGUGUCUUUGCCUGAAGGAAAUUUGGAGAUAGAAAAGCCAACUACCGAUGUAACGGUAUCAAUAGAAGAUGCAGAAAUAAAAGGACGGUCAAAGUUUGGUUCUCCAACUAAGUUUAAAUUGCCUUCAAUCAACUUCCCAAAGUUUGGCAUUAAAGGUCCAAAAGCAUCAGUGGAGAUCCCUGAUGUGGAUGUACAGGUUAAAGGACCUGAAAUAGGUCUACCUGAGGCAGAGAUAAAAUUGUCAGGUGAGCCACUCUCAGUGGAUGUAAAGGGGCCUGAUGCAGACAAACAAACCAAAUCUGUCAGUGUGGAAUUAAAAGAUCAGGAUAUUCAAAUGAAGGAGCAAGGGACUAAAUUCAAAUUGCCAAAAUUUGGAAUCAGUCUUCCUGAAAUAAAAGGUCCAAAAAUAGAUGUAAGUUCAGACAAGGCAGAGAUUGACAUUUCUGUACCCAAGGAGAAAGUAGAAGUUCAUCUACCUGAUGUUGAAGUUCAGGGUGUAACAGCUGAAGUAAAAGCUGACCUGCCAGAAGUGGAUUCCAAAGAUUUUGAAGUAAAAAUGAAAACACCCGGCUUUUCGUUUCCUAAAAUUGGAUUUGAUAAAUCAGAAGUUAAGGCACCUGAAGUUGAUGUGUCUUUGCCUGAAGGAAAUUUGGAGAUAGAAAAGCCAACUACCGAUGUAACGGUAUCAAUAGAAGAUGCAGAAAUAAAAGGACGGUCAAAGUUUGGUUCUCCAACUAAGUUCAAAUUGCCUUCAAUCAACUUCCCAAAGUUUGGCGUUAAAGGUCCAAAAGCAUCAGUGGAGAUCCCUGAUGUGGAUGUAGAGGUUAAAGGACCGGAAAUAAGUUUACCAGAGGCAGAGAUAAAAUUGUCAGCUGAGCCACUCUCAGUGGAUGUAAAAGGGCCUGAUGCAGACAAACAAACCAAAUCUGUCAGUAUGGAAAUAAAAGAUCAGGAUAUUCAAAUGAAGGAGCAAGGGACUAAAUUCAAAUUGCCAAAAUUUGGAAUCAGUCUUCCUGAAAUAAAAGGUCCAAAAAUAGAUGUAAGUUCAGACAAGGCAGAGAUUGACAUUUCUGUACCCAAGGAGAAAGUAGAAGUUCAUCUACCUGAUGUUGAAGUUCAGGGUGUAACAGCUGAAGUAAAAGCUGACCUGCCAGAAGUGGAUUCCAAAGAUUUUGAAGUAAAAAUGAAAACACCCGGCUUUUCGUUUCCUAAAAUUGGAUUUGAUAAAUCAGAAGUUAAGGCACCUGAAGUUGAUGUGUCUUUGCCUGAAGGAAAUUUGGAGAUAGAAAAGCCAACUACCGAUGUAACGGUAUCAAUAGAAGAUGCAGAAAUAAAAGGACGGUCAAAGUUUGGUUCUCCAACUAAGUUCAAAUUGCCUUCAAUCAACUUCCCAAAGUUUGGCAUUAAAGGUCCAAAAGCAUCAGUGGAGAUCCCCGAUGUGGAUGUAGAGGUUAAAGGACCUGAAAUAGGUCUACCUGAGGCAGAGAUAAAAUUGUCAGGUGAGCCACUCUCAGUGGAUGUAAAAGGGCCUGAUGCAGACAAAGAAACCAAAUCUGUCAGUAUGGAAUUAAAAGAUCAGGAUUUUCAAGUGAAGGAGCAAGGGACAAAAUUCAAAUUGCCAAAAUUUGGAAUCAGUCUUCCUGAAAUAAAAGGUCCAAAAAUAGAUGUAAGUUCAGACAAGGCAGAGAUUGACAUUUCUGUACCCAAGGGGAAAGUAGAAGUUCAUCCACCUGAUGUUAAAGGUGAGGGUGUAACAGCUGAAGCAAAAGCUGACCUGCCAGAAGUGGAUUCCAAAGAUUUAGAAUUAAAAAUGAAGACACCAGGCUUUUCGUUUCCUAAAAUUGGAUUUGAUAAAUCAGAAGUUAAGCCACCUGAAUUUGGUGUGUCUUUGCCUGAAGGAAAUUUAGAGAUAGGAAAGCCAACCACCGAUGUAACGGUAUCAAUAGAAGAUGCAGAACUAAAAGGACGGUCAAAGUUUGGUUCUCCAACUAAGUUCAAAUUGCCUUCAAUCAACUUCCCAAAGUUUGGCGUUAAAGGUCCAAAAACAUCAGUAGAUAUCCCUGAUGUGGAUGUAGAGGUUAAAGGACCUGAAAUAGGUCUACCUGAGGCAGAGAUAAAAUUGUCAGCUGAGCCACUCUCAGUGGAUGUAAAAGGGCCUGAUGCAGACAAACAAACCAAAUCUGUCAGUGUGGAAAUAAAAGAUCAGGAUAUUCAAAUGAAGGAGCAAGGGACUAAAUUCAAAUUGCCAAAAUUUGGAACCAGUCUUCCUGAAAUAAAAGGUCCAAAAAUAGAUGUAGGUUCAGACAAGGCAGAGAUUGACAUUUCUGUACCAAAGGGAAAAGUAGAAGUUCAUCUACCUGAUGUUGAAGUUCAGGGUGUAACAGCUGAAGUAAAAGCUGACCUGCCAGAAGUGGAUUCCAAAGAUUUUGAAGUAAAAAUGAAAACACCAGGCUUUUCGUUUCCUAAAAUUGGAUUUGAUAAAUCAGAAGUUAAGGCACCUGAAGUUGAUGUGUCUUUGCCUGAAGGAAAUUUAGAGAUAGAAAAGCCAACUACCGAUGUAACAGUAUCAAUAGAAGAUGCAGAACUAAAAGGACGGUCAAAGUUUGGUUCUCCAACUAAGUUUAAAUUGCCUUCAAUCAACUUCCCAAAGUUUGGCAUUAAAGGUCCAAAAGCAUCAGUGGAGAUCCCCGAUGUGGAUGUAGAGGUUAAAGGACCUGAAAUAGGUCUACCAGAGGCAGAGAUAAAAUUGUCAGCUGAGCCACUCUCAGUGGAUGUAAAAGGGCCUGAUGCAGACAAAGAAACCAAAUCUGUCAGUGUGGAAAUAAAAGAUCAGGAUUUUCAAAUGAAGGAGCAAGGGACUAAAUUUAAAUUGCCAAAAUUUGGAAUCAGUCUUCCUGAAAUAAAAGGUCCAAAAAUAGAUGUAAGUUCAGACAAGGCAGAGAUUGACAUUUCUGUACCCAAGGAGAAAGUAGAAGUUCAUCUACCUGAUGUUGAAGUUCAGGGUGUAACAGCUGAAGUAAAAGCUGACCUGCCAGAAGUGGAUCCUAAAGAUAGUGACAUAAAAAUGAAGAGACCAGGAUUGUCUUUUUCCAAAUUAAGUAAAUCAGACAGCAAGGUUCCUGCAAGCGAUCUGAGUCUCCAAGUUGCUAAUAUUUCUGUGCCAGAGAAAUCCAAAAUAGAAGGACCAACCACAGAAAUUACUGCAGAACAAAACCUUCUAACCAAGUCUAGUUCACCAACCAAAUUAAAACUUUCCUCAAUAAAUAUCCCAAAAUUUGUUAAAGGACUUGAAGUAAGUUUACCAGAUGCAGAUAUUUCAGCUAAGUCAGUUUCAGAGGAUAUAAAAGAACAUGCUGUAACCAAAGAUUAUCAUUCUGGAAUGGCACACCCAAAAGGUAAAGACCCAGAAAUCAAUAUAGAAGUGAAAAUACAGUCUCUUAAUGUUAAAGUUAAGAAAGUGGAAGUAAACAAUGAAGAACCCAUAACACAAAUGGAUUCCCUAAUGGAAACAUAUAUCGCUGAAAAUGAUAAAGCUUACGUUGACAUCUUGGAAUCAAAACAAAAAUACACACAAAGAGUUAAAACAUCCUCCAAAUUCAUUUUGCCAACACUUGGUGAUGUUUUCAGUGGCUUUGACGUUGAAUUUAAUGUUCCUGCAUUUGAUGAAAUUGAAGGAGCAAAGAAAAUAUCUUUCCAAUUACUCAGAAAAGCUGAACCCAGUCCAGAAAAUGACAUUAAUGAAAAUGAGUGCAAAAGAAGUUUCACAAGAGAGUUUGAUGAGGACAAUAUUAGUCCAACUUUAUCAUUUAGUUCGUCUGAUGCUUUUGCAGAUAUAAGUUCUGCACUUACAACUGAACAGAUUAGCCUAUCCCUACCCAGCCCUACAAAGGUCAAAGUAAAAUAUUCUGAACCUAUUGCUAAUGCUGAAGGGAGUGACAUUCAUAUUGUUACUUCAACAGCCAGGACUGAACUAAUAUCCAUUGAGCCUCAUCAGCCAGAGAAAGUGAACAUUCCAUUUUCUUCUGAAACUUCCUCCUCUUCAGUGGAUACUCUAAAACAAAUAUCAGGACACAUAGUUGUGGCAAAUGUGCAAAGUGUUUCUAAAACAGAACAUGCUACAAUCAUCACUAAAGUAGAUACACAAGAUCUCAAUACAUUGCCUGCAGAAAAUGUCACUGACUCAAUGUUGUCAACUGAGGAAACAACAAUUCAAACGGAACGUAGAACCAUUUACCAGAAGCACUCUAUAAAGGAGGUUCAAGUGAUGAUAAUGUAUGUGACACAGAUAAUACAGGUUUUUGAAGGUGGCUUUAAUAAGACUUUGUGAUGACAUAGCAUCCUGAAAUCAAGAGUUUUGUUGUUUUUUGUUAGUUUUUUGAGGGAGUGAAGUAAAGCAAUUAUACUGGGCACUGACACAUUACAGUACUAAAGCAUAUACUGUAGAUUCAUCAACAGGUGAAGGAAAAUAAUUUGAGCUAACACUUAAAAUUAGAUUGAUGGCUGUGUAAAGCAGAGAAAUCAGUGUGGUCUCACAAAUCCUACACAUUUGCAUUAAGCAUGGGUUGUAUAACUUGGUAUCAUGCUUCAGAAUGCAUUUUUAUUACUUGUGUAAACAAAUGUGUUGUAUGUGUGUAAUGUGUGUAAAUGUAAUGCAAGUUAGGGCUAAGACCAACACCUACUUAAUACCAUAAUUAAAUAAAUUUGGUUAAUUAGAAUAUUUAGUAUAAAGCAGCAAAAUUGUUUAAAGUGUUCUCAUGGUCAUAUACAUAAACUGUGUCACAUUAAGAGAUGUCUAUUACAUUUUAUAUAUAUAUGACUAUUGAAAAUUAAUAAUAGAGCAACAUUCUUUUGCAAAACUCUCAUUGUAAUUUAUUAUUGUGUUGCCAUGAACUAUAAUCAUGAAAAGUGUACCCAUCUAAAAUUUUAAAAGUGCAUUUAAAUUUUUUUUAGCCAAGUUCCCUUUCUUGUCCUGCAUUAUUGUAAAACACAUCAUUGUAUUUACAUCUAAAAAUAUGCCACAAU